GAAAAUUGUUGCUUCUGCAAAGGUGCCUCUGGUCCUGCGGCAAUGAAGGGCAGGGAUAAAAGCCAGCCCGAGUCCCUGCUCCCUCAUUCUAUUCCUUUGUCUCCUUCUCCUUGGGAACCAGGUGAGUCUGAAUGCUCUUCAUCCCCACUCAGUAGGGCACUUGGCUGCUCCUCACACACUCCUGUGCUCUGUUUCCUCUCUGUUUCCUCUCCCAGGUACCCUGUGACUCUGAGCCAUGUCCUGCUGCAACCCGUGCCAGCCCUGCCAGCCCUGCGGCCCGUGCCCGCUGGCCAGCAGCUGCAACGAGUGCUGUGUCCGGCAGUGCCAGAGCUCCACCAUCGCCAUCCAGCCCUCUCCCGUGGUGGUGACCCUGCCCGGACCCAUCCUCAGCUCCUUCCCACAGAACACCGUUGUGGGCUCCUCCACCUCCGCUGCUGUUGGCAGCAUCCUCAGCUCUCAGGGAGUGCCCAUCAGCUCCGGGGGCCUUGACCUCUCUGGCAUUGCCGGACGCUACUGUGGCAGGAGGUACCGCCUGUGAACAGGAUGUUGCAGAAGCCCCAGGGAGACACCUUGAGGAACUCGGAACAUCAACAGAGGACCAAUUUUUCAUCACGGAUUCCAGGAUAAUUGAAUGGUUUUGGCUUUCUUCCCUUUUCCUUGUUUGCUUUGGUUCCCCUUGACAGCAAGGUCCCCCAAAGCCCAGCCUGCUGGGGACCCUCUGUCUCCUCUCCCUCCAUGGGGCAGAUUGACAGAAAUCACACGGGAACUUCUCUACAGCCAAAGAUCUCAGACUCUAAGCUGCUCCCCGGGCUCCCU